CAGAUAUAGUGAAUGCAGGGUCCGGGGAGACCAGAUAUAGUGAAUGCAGGGUCCUGGGAGACCAGAUACAGUGAAUGCAGGGUCCGGGGAGAGCGGAUAUAGUGAAUGCAGGGGUCCUGGGAGACCAGAUAUAGUGAAUGCAGGGUCCGGGGAGAGCCAGAUAUAGUGAAUGCAGGGUCCGGGGAGACCAGAUAUAGUGAAUGCAGGGUCCUGGGAGACCAGAUAUAGUGAAUGCAGGGUCUGGGGAGACCAGAUAUAGUGAAUGCAGGGUCCGGGGAGAGCGGAUAUAGUGAAUGCAGGGUCC